UCCUAUUACGAGAAUCACGAAGUCCACUUGUCCUCCUAGAGUGGGCAGCGGACGCAGCUUUAGCCAACCUCCACUGUACUCUUUCAAUGCCCUAGCUCGCUCCGUCUCCUUCUCUUCAGAUCAUCCCAAGACGAAGAACUCUUCCUGUCUAUGAUUCCAAUCCCUUGAUUUUCUAUAGAAGCAGUAACUGUUAGGGCUAGAUGGAUACACCCCCACCACAGGCUCCUGUGGGGUACUCCAGCUCUUCAUCACCCCCAACCAUGACAGGUUCUCUGCCUGAGAACAGAAUAAACAGGCCUCCAUUUUCUUCUCCGCUAGCUUCAAGACUUUCACCUCAGAGGUCUCUGCAGGACCAACCUCAGAGGUCUCUGCAGGACCAGCUUCUCUUGUCUUCUUCCAGAUCUAUAAGCUCCCCAGACACUGGUACUGGUGUUUCUAGCAGUAGUCCACUGACCCAAUUUAGCAGUCCUCCAGGCCCUCCUAUUUUCUCUUCACCAUUGCGGCCAGCAGCUGUUCCCUUCCAGACUUCACCUGCUAGUCCACAACCAGUUGCCUUCUCAUCUGGUUCAUCUCUACCAAUGUCCUCACCGCCAAAUUUUACAAAUGGAACUGCUCAAUUUCUGGUGCAGCAUCCAUCUACUGUAGAAGAGACUAUUGAAUCACCUUAUGUACAAUUCUCCGCUCACAAGGUAUUGUUUUAUUUUUUAUUUUUAGUGUUGUCUGCUAAGAUUCUUUAA